AUGAUGCCCUUCGGGCGCAGUACGAAGAAAGCCGCAUGCAGCAUGGCUGCCACUUCGACCAACUCGAACCCAAGCCGGGCAUUUUUCGUUCGUAACUUGCAAUCACUAGUAGAAAUCAUCCUUCUAGAUCACGCUUACUCGAAACCAUGGUCUGCUCACCCGGAGGCUGGAAAAGCAAGGCCAGUGAAGACGUUGUUCUUGCCCAAAAGCGAGGACUUCGAGGAUAUUUCACCGGAAGAAGACAUGCUCAUUGACGUCUGUGAUCCCGUAGCUAGUCCACCCUCCGUGAUCGUGUAUGACAUGACUAAGGCCCGGACUGUCAUGUCCGAAUGUGAGAGGCAUGUGACAGCUGUGUCGAGUAAGCGAACGCCCGACACUUGGGAAGAGCAGAUCAGUCGAGAUGACUGGACCCCUAAACAGAACUCUCUGUUUGACAAAGUGCUGAAAGUUCUUUCCACGCUGCGCUUGGCAAGGCUGGCAUACGAGCAGACUAAUAAUGAGCCAGUAAAAAGAAGGAUUGCUACAGACAAAGCCACAAAGAGAUUUCGCCAGAUCCUCAGCAACAUUGAAUGGGACCCUCAGUUGACUUCAUGGCUUCAUUCCACCCUGGUAGACGGCCUCAGCAUACCGCUCUUAGCCUGCUACCUCGAUGUGCUUCAGACCCUCCGAGCCAAAGCCCCUACCUUAGUGGACAGAAUGAUAGCCACACCUGUUUCUCAGAGGCGCGGUCUUGCAGCAAACCCUGAGGCUCUAAGUCUGCUUUUAAAGAGACCAUGGGAUCCUUCGCAUGGCUUGGUGACACAACACAAAUCGAGGAAACUCCCAGGUUCUCCAUUGAUGCUAAUUGUUCCAAGUGGCCCAACCACAAGCGCGGGGUCGGGGACGUCAUCCAAACGUACAAGAUUCUGGCAUAACCAGCUGUCUGUCCUGGGCAAGGUGGUGCCAGUGACCAUGCAUACUAGUAAUGGUGGUAGUGGGGUGUCGAUCACCCAGUGUCUCGACCAUAUCAUUGGUGCUGUCAGGACUAAAGUGUUAGAGCUAAGAAGCCAUUUCCCUAACCGUCCUAUUGUUCUGAUUGGUUGGUCGAUUGGAGCACUGGUUUCCUGCCAGGUGGCCUUGAUGGAGUCAGUUUGUGCUGUCGUCUGCCUUGGAUUCCCUCUGACCGGUUUGGAUGGAGUGCGUGGGGACAUUGAAGAUCCUUUACUUGAGCUCAAGGCUCCAACACUGUUUGUGAUUGGUUCAAACUCAUGUCUGAACACUCAAGAGGAUAUUGAGGAGGUGAGGGAGCGCAUAAAAGCAGAAACCAGUCUUCUGGUGGUGGGGGGAGCAGAUGAACAGUUGCGUCUGACCAGAGCAAAGAAGAAACAAGAAGGUCUUACCCAGAAUAUGGUAGACAGACUCAUUAUGGACCAGAUUGGAGAGUUUCUUGGGAAUGUCCUGACAUCUGUAAACAACAACCAGCAACAACGCAAUGAUCUGUCUGAUGCAGAUGACAAUGAUGUGAAGCGCAAGAAGCGUAAGAGAUCCAUCUCCAGAGACCUGUCAUCAGAAAUGAGCCACCAGUCAAAAACACACGCUAAUACCCACUACUUGAAAAAGUCCCCAAAAGGUGAAAACCAAAAGACUAUGUUGAAGAUCCCAGUCGGGGGAACUCUGGGAGCAUUAAGUAGUGUGCGUAACUUGAGCCAACCCAGCCCAGCCAAACGUCCUAGACCGAGCCGAUCCAAAGCCAACAAAAUAAACCCAGCUUCAACUACUGCUGGAUUGAUAAGGGUGCCUGGAUCGCUACCAGGCAGUAUUGCAACAGUCAGUGGAGCUCCCCAAUUGGCACAAGCCAUCGCUUCACAGGCACUCAUAAAGGGUGUGAAUGCAGGGGCAUCUAGUACUCCAAGGUCGAUAACACUACCAAAUACCUCUGUGGGAUUAGUUCCGCAGGUGCAUCCGACAGGACAGGGAUUUGUCUCCCUGGCUGCAAAGGGCGCAGUCAAGAGCGAAGGAGGGAGUCAGUCUUAUGUGGCAGUCUCUGGAACCGGUUCUCCAUCCAUUGUUACAACAGGGACUGGCUCAAUACAGUAUGUCAUCAAGCCUGUUAUAAAACCUCAGAGUCAUCGGUACUUACCCAUGCCGAUAAGUGUCAGCCCAGGCACUCAAAGCAGCCAGAUGGCAACUUCAUCACAGGCGACAGUCAUCAGCACUGCAAGUGGUGGCAUCCGGUACACCUCUCUUACGCAGUCUCCAACCUCACCCUUUACAUCUAUACUGAACCUCAAAGGUAAUACCACCAGUACUCCAGGGACUCCCAUCACCAUAGGUGCAUCUGGCUCCCUCACUGGGCUUGCUGGCGGCUCUUUGGUCAGGCCAUCUGCCAGUAUAAUGUCUACUGUCCAGGGAAGGCGUAUUGUACCUGGAAGCAUGGUUACCUCUUCAGAUGGCAAGACUUAUCUGACAACGCUCCCGCAACAUGUGACAGGGGUGUCCCAGGCUCGCAUGUCUCCAACAUCUAUUGUCUGCACUGUUUCUGGAAGUCUAAGCACAUCCCAGGCAGCAGCAGGUGGCAGCCAGGUUCAAAUUUCUGGUCAAAAAGUGUUUGUCACCCAAGCGGCUGCCUCAACUGGUCUUGUCUCCUCAAGUGGGAAACCUGCUCAAAGUGUAGUCACCACAAGACUUUUGUCUGGACAAGUGCCGUCAUCAGGGCUGACGACCAGCUCAGUCGCAUCUCAACUUCAAACCAAGACUAACACAGUCCGAACGAUCAGUAGGCCAAGCACUGCCACUACAGUCUCCAUGGUCCGGACGCUUCCAGGACACCUGCCAGGGAAUGUCCAGUUUACUAUGGCCAAACCAGGCUCACCAGCUCAGGUAUCAGUACCAGCCACAGUGAUUGCCCAGAUUGCCAACAGUGCUAAAGCGCUUGCAGCCCAAGCCAAUGCUGCUAGGUCCACAGCUGGCCAGGUACCACCUUCAGUCCAAAUAGGAGGGCGUCUGAGCCAGAGUCAGACAGUCAACCAGAGAACUGGACAAGUACCAGCCUCAAUACAGCUUACAUCGCCAAGUACACAAGGACGGACAGUCAGCUUAAAUCUCCCAAUCAGAGUGGCGGUUACACAGGGAAAUGUAAUAAAUAGAGCUCCAACCUCUACUUUGACAACAAGAACAACCACGCAAUUGACGGCACCAGUGACCCAGCUCCUACAGGGUGCUUCUACCUCUGCUGCUUCCACCCGUCCACAGCUAGUUGUGAGCCGGUCAGGGGUUCUGCCCCAUUCUGUCAUGAUCAAGGGUGGCUCAGCCGUCAAUAUGCAGUCUGUCCUUGCCGGGCUUCCUCCUGGCACGCGGGUAAUUGCUACCACUACUGCAGACGGUAAUGUGUUGGUGGUUGGGCCGAUGCAUCCCACUACAACAACUCGCUCCAAGGUGGAGACAACUUCUCCCGCGGUGGCUGUAACCACAGCGCAGUCGUCAUCAGUCAGUAAGGCUGACCGGGUCAGCGAUGCGUCUUCCAAGUCUGUGGCUGGUUCAGCUACACAGCAAGCCCAGGCUACACCUGCUACACCAACAACAACUGCAGAAUCUAGUAAUAAGUAGCUCCCUUUGAUUACCUGUCGUCCAAUAGACAGGUAAUCAAAGGCUGCCCGCCUUAGAUUUUGUACUUUUUGUACAAGCUGAAGUGAUAUGAGGGGAGAGUAGCACGUGCUUGUAGACUUUAUCGUGUCUCGUGUUGUUUAAGGUUGUGGCGAGGGUCUUCAACAACAACAACAACAACAACAACAACAACAACAAAAGAAGAGAUAACUAUGUUAUUGGGGUAAGGGAGAUCUGGAACCCCUAGACCCUGGCCACGCCCUUGCGGCAAUUUUAUUCCGGUGUCGUUUUCUUCGUUAAGUUGUAAUGUGUUUGGGGUAUCUUGUGUAAAUAAAAUUCUUGACUUUUGCUA